AUGCCUGGCUUACCAUCUAGUAUCGAUUUGGACGAGUGCAUUGAGAGACUCUACCGAAAAGAGUUGCUGGCAGACUCGGUUAUCGAAGCAAUAUGCGCCAAAGCGAAAGAGCUGUUGAUGAAGGAGAGCAAUGUUGUCCACAUUGCGGCUCCGGUUACUGUGGUCGGUGAUAUUCACGGGCAGUUUUUUGAUAUGAUUGAGAUAUUCAAGAUUGGAGGAUUUUGUCCGGACACGAAUUAUCUAUUUCUUGGAGAUUAUGUGGAUCGUGGUCUUUUCAGCGUGGAAACCAUCUCCCUCCUCGUUUGCUUGAAAUUACGAUACCCCCAGCGUGUCCAUCUCAUCCGUGGAAACCAUGAAUCCCGCGGCGUGACUCAGUCAUACGGAUUUUACACUGAGUGUGCGCGGAAAUACGGCAAUGCCAACGUCUGGCACUACUUCACCGACAUGUUUGACUUCCUCACCCUGAGCGUCGUGAUCAACGACCAGAUCUUCUGCGUGCACGGCGGCCUCUCCCCCUCGAUCCACUCCAUUGACCAGAUCAAGAUCAUCGACCGAUUCCGUGAAAUCCCACACGAAGGCCCCAUGGCCGAUCUGGUCUGGUCAGACCCCGAUACCGAACGCGACGAGUUCUCGCUCUCCCCACGCGGGGCUGGAUAUACUUUCGGAGCACAGGUGGUUCGGAAAUUCCUCGAGGUAAACAGCAUGUCGCAUAUUCUGCGCGCGCAUCAACUGUGCCAGGAGGGCUACCAGGUACUCUACGAUGACCGACUGAGUACUGUCUGGAGUGCGCCGAACUACUGCUACCGGUGCGGGAACCUGGCUAGUGUGCUUGAAGUGAGCGAUACGGGCGAGCGGUAUUUCAAUAUCUUCGAUGCUGCGCCGGAGAAUGAUAUCCAUCGAUCAGAGCAACAGGCCCAGCAGAAGGAUGGCCAAAGUCCUGUGAUUGAUUACUUUUUGUGA